AAAUUUAGAAUUUAGAAGUGAGAAAUUUCAGAAACCCAAUAAACAUCCAUUCCUCCUUGGCCCUUGCUGAAUCCGAUUCGAAAAAAAAAGGGAAUGGUUUGGUUUCAAUGUGAAGAUUGUGGGGAGAAUCUGAAAAAGCCUAAGCUUCCUAACCAUUUCCGCAUUUGUUCUGCUUUUAAAUUAUCUUGCAUAGAUUGUGGAGAAAUAUUCGAUCAGCAACGUGUUCAAGCUCAUACUCAAUGUAUUACUGAAGCUGAAAAGUAUGGCCCAAAGGGUCAAGCAAAAGCUUCUAUGCCUGCAAAGCCUAGCAAGGAUAAGUCAAAGCCAGAUGUUGAUAUAAACGUUGGAUUAUCUCAACGGCCGCCUUGGUUUUGCAGUAUUUGCAACACCAAAGCCACGAGUCAACAGACUUUGCUUUUGCAUGCUGAUGGGAAGAAGCAUAGAGCAAAGGCCAGAGCCUAUGCUGCAAAACAACAGCCUAAUCAACCUGAGGAAACAGCUGUAAUUAAUGCAGAAAAUAGUCCAAAGAAUGAAGUUCCAGGGGAUAGUACUGGUGAGGACGACAGAAAGAAUGGUCCUUCUGGGUCCACAGAGCAAGAUAAGUCUUCGUUAGAAAAUGGAACUGUUUCCAUGAAAAAGAGAAAAUGUGAUAUGUCUAAUGAAACUAAUAAGAGGGCAAAUGGAGUGGUGAAUAAUGAUAGUACUCAGGAAGAAGCGGAGGAAACACCUAAGAAGUCUAAGAAGGCCAGGCAGGAAAAAGAGGUGAAAGCUUCAGAAAGCAAGAAAGCCAAAUAUGAAGACGAGAAAGAAUCUGAUGGAGGGAAAUCUGACACCAAAAAUGAAAGUUCUGAACAAAGAAUUAAGUUGAAGAAACGAAUUACUUCGGUUUUGAAAUCUACUCCAGAAGAAGCUCUCAAGAUGAAGAAAUUACAAAAACUGGUUUUUAAGAGUCUCGAGGAGUCCGGCAUUGCAGUGAACAAAAACGAGUUCAAAACUACUUUCGAGCAAAAGGUGAAAUCUAGUUCGAAAUUUGUCGUAGAUGGUAAGUACGUAAAGCUGGCAGUUUAGCAUUUGAUGCUAAGGACUUGAGCAAUAUGUAUAUGAGACUAUAUAAUAGAAAUUCAGAACCCUCCAUGAUUGCCUUGGCAAGAUGAGUAUUAAUUCUUUCAAUGAUUCAAGAAUUGUUUUACGAAGAGAUUAUCCCGGUAAAUUCGUACUGAGAAAUCAAAUUUUGUAGUGUUUACUAGUAAGAUUUAUCAUGUUUGAUCAUUCUUCUGUAUUAGUGAUUGUGCUGAACAUACAGAAUUAUUGAAGUUGAGAUUUAGUUAUCAUUUGGGUA